CACAUGAGAACUCAGCCUAGCAUGCACACAAACACACAUACAAACACACACACACACACACAAAAGCAUAGAUAAGUGUGCGAGUAUACAGACAUAUACAUCACACCCGAGCCUAAAAUCAUCUUGGAAAGCACCUGAAGAUGCUACAGAGGCAAUAGAGAAAAGGCCCAGACUGUGCGAGUGCUGACACAUAAUUCAGAGGGCCUGAAGUGAGGAGAUAAAUUGUCAGCUGGUUUGUCAGACUUAGACCCACUGGUCGUCCAGUGCUCCAGUCAUCGGCAGCAGGGCAGUGGGGCCGUACUGACAUUAUCCACCAAACAUCAUGGACCAAGAGGAAGAUAAAAACUCUGUGGAUUUCCAUGACAACCCUCCAGCUCCUGACAACGUAGUGAGAGAGGAUGGAGACACAGUCUAUUUCAUUUAUGAUGAGGAGGUGGAGGUGGAGGAGAAGGAACCAGAACCUCCUCCUCCUGUUGUCAGAGUCAACGACAAACCCCACAAGUUCAAGGACCACUACUGCAAAAAACCCAAGUUCUGUGAUGUCUGCGCUCGCAUGAUAGUCUUGAACAACAAGUUUGCUCUGAGGUGUAAAAACUGCAAGACCAACAUCCACCACUCAUGUCAGUCCUAUGUUGAGUUCCAGAAGUGCUUUGGCAAAAUUCCACCUGGCUUCAGAAGGGCCUACAGCUCCCCACUGUACAGCAGUGACAUACCAGAUCCAAACAACCCAAACCGGAACGACCCAGUCUUUGACACCCUGCGUGUCGGUGUCAUCAUGGCAAACAAAGAGCGCAAAAAAAAUGAAAAUGACAAGAAAAAUAUGAUGGUGAUGAUGGAGGAAGAAGAAGAGGAGAACCAACGGCCCAAAGAGAAUGAGGAGGGAGGCGAGGGGAAGCCUGAUGAUAAAAAGGAGAAAGGAGGAGACAAAGCAGAUGACAAAAGUAAAGGUACAUUCUCCCAGACCCACUAUUACCUGGCUCUCUACCGCUUCAAGGCCAUAGAGAAAGACGAUCUUGACUUCCACCCUGGUGAUCGUAUCACAGUACUGGAUGACUCCAAUGAAGAGUGGUGGAGGGGAAAGAUGGGGGACAAGUCGGGCUACUUCCCCACCAACUACCUCAUAAAAGUGCGUGCAUCAGAACGAGUUUUUAAGGUGUUACGUUCCUUCGUAGGGAACAGAGAGAUGGGACAAAUCACGCUGAAGAAAGAUCAGAUUGUUGUGAAGAAAGGAGACGAGAAAGGCGGCUACUUGAAGGUCAGCACUGGACGCAAGCUGGGCUACUUCCCUGCUGAUCUGCUGGAGGAGAUCACUGUGACAUAAAAAGCACGACAUGCAACGAAAAGCCUGCAACACCCUUGUGUGGUGUUCAUAUUUUUGUUACACAGCCAAUGUUCCCGGGUCUGGUGGACCCACCACAUUAUUAGGCUUUUAAAUCAAUACAGCCACAACAAUUUAGGUAAAAAUACUUCACAGAAGUUUACUUUAGCUCAAUUACCAAUGAUAUAUACAUCAUUUAUGGUUCAUAUUUGUCAUUUACCCCUGUGAGAUCACAUAUUAUCAGUUUCGUUUUUUGUUAGAAAUCAAAGAAAUUCAGUUAUAAAAAAGGUUACAAAAAAAUAGAAAUGAGAUUUUUACUCAUUAUUGGUGCUUAUUUCUUAGAACUUAAUAAGAACAGGUGAAAGUGCUUUCAAGUUAACAAUUGUGUAACUUUGUGUGAGAAUAGCAGGUGCAGAAAUCCAACAUAGUUUCAUUGCACCUACAUUUAAGUACACUCAGGUCCAGUUGACCCGAACAUCUCAAAUGUAAUAGUGAUGGGUAGGGGGGUGGCCUGUGUGCAGUUAUUGAAAACAAGUUUUUUUUAUGUUCUUCACAGAAAUAAGGCCAGGCCAAUGAGUUUGAGUUAGAAGAAAUAACAAAGAGCAUAAUUUUUCUUUUAGCAAAGAUUGAAAACGGGUCCCAUAGACCCGAACACCACAAAAAGGUUAAACAGUCGCAAAAAUUGGAUACAUCACUGUUCAGAAGAUCCUCCUGAUAUUUUCUAUAUUUGUUACAUAAAAGAAAAUAUCAAAAUGAGCUCUUUGUACCUGUCACAGCAGAAAUUUAUUUGUGAUGUAUCUGUGACUUUGACACAAAAUGAAGAAUGACAAAGGAGAGAAUAAUGAUUCAUAUGCACAUUAAAAUAUUUGUAAGAGGCAAUCA